CACUACAUUCUAGUGUUAGUUACCUCCCUCCUCGGGUCUUCGACAACGUCAUUGUUCAGUGCAUAACAAACUGACUCCAAAAAACCAAUCGAAUUGCCGGAAAAAUAAUCUACUAAUGGUCAUAUGAGCUAUUCAUCUACUGACCGCGUAUGCGUUCGAACCUAUAAAAUAGUACACAGAAAACAUAAUGGCAGCUCACAAGACAGGUGGGCAAAAUGCUCGCAAAAAAGUUCAGGUUUCAAUGGUUAUUCGAGAUGAAGUGGAAAAAAGACAUAGAGCCGGUGUUAAUUCAUUACAGUAUGAUCCAGCUCUUCACAGGCUUUAUUCGGCUGGUAGAGACAGUAUUAUUAGGAUAUGGAAUUGUAAAAAUAUAAAUGAACCUUUUAUCCAAUCAAUGGAACAUCAUACGGAUUGGGUAAAUGAUAUAGUGCUCUGCUGUGGUGGCAAAAAUUUAAUUUCUGCAAGUUCUGAUACUACAGUAAAAGUUUGGAAUGCACACAAAGGUUUUUGUAUGUCGACAUUAAGAACUCACAAAGAUUAUGUUAAAGCACUUGCCUAUGCAAAGGAUAGAGAACAAGUAGCAAGUGCCGGUUUAGACAGACAAAUUUUUUUAUGGGAUGUUAAUACCCUUACAGCACUAACUGCAAGUAAUAAUACUGUAACGACAUCAUCCCUAGCAGGCAAUAAAGAUUCAAUUUACAGUUUAGCAAUGAAUCCACCAGGUACUGUAAUAGUAAGUGGAAGUACAGAGAAAGUUUUACGAGUAUGGGAUCCAAGAACUUGUAACAAAUUAAUGAAGCUUCGAGGUCAUGCUGACAACAUCAAAGCACUUGUUUUGAAUAGAGAUGGUACUCAAUGUUUGUCUGCAAGCUCUGAUGGACAUAUAAAGCUUUGGUCGUUAGCACAGCAGUUGUGUAUACAGACAUUUAGAGUCCAUACAGAAGGUGUUUGGGCAUUAUUAGCGACAGAUACAUUUAGUCAUGUAAUAUCAGGAGGAAGAGAUAAAAGAGUGAUAAUGACAGAAUUGCGAAACCCAGAAAAAUAUACAGUUAUUUGUGAAGAAAGUGCUCCAAUUUUGAGAAUGGCUAUGACCCCUGAUCAAUCAAGUAUUUGGGUAGCUACUAGUGAAUCAACAAUAAAUAAUUGGUGUAUAAAUCAAAAAGACUGGCAAUGUGGUGAUUAUUGUGUUGAUUCGCCAAAUGUUGGUGCCGGUGGAAUGGUUCCCAGAAACACAGAGCCUGCUCAAAGAAUACUAGGAGGCCCAGCAAUAAGACAUCACGUAAUUUUAAAUGAUAGAAGAUUUGUUCUAACAAAAGACACUGAAGAAAAUGUAGCUCUUUACGAUGUUCUUAAAGCAUGUAAAGUUGAAGAUCUUGGACGUGUUGAUUUUGAUCAAGAAGUUAAGAAAAGAAAUAAAAUGGUUUAUAUUCCAAGUUGGUUUAAUGUUGAUCUCAAAACUGGGAUGUUGACAAUUCAUUUAGGACAAGAUGAAAAUGACUGUUUUUCAGCUUGGGUGUCUGCAAGAGAUACAGGAAUAACUGAUAAUGAUAAUGUAGAUCAAAAAGUAAAUUAUGGUAAUUUACUACUCCAAGCUUUACUAGAACAUUGGUGGAAACCGAUGCACGCUGAUGAUGAGAAUGAGGCUAAUAGUAAUGAUGGUAGCAGUCAAACACAUUCACGAGACGGAAAUUUAUAUUUUCCGGUCCCUGGUCACACUCCAGUCAUUUUCAGUGAAGUAGGGGGAAAAACACUCUAUAGAUUACUUGUUCGAGACGCAGCAGGUGAAACAGAACGCGCCUUGCUGAACGAAACCGUUCCAUCGUGGGUUGUGGACAUUGUUGUUGACAAAAACCUGCCUAAAUUUAUCAAAAUUCCAUUUCAUUUGUCUCCACAUCCGUCUUCCGGUUUUAAAAAUUUCAAAAAAGAUCGAUUGAUUGCUAAUGAUUUCAUUCAAGUUCGGAAGGUUAUUGAACAUGUUUAUGACAAAGUUUUAGGAGCUGGAAGUGAUUCUGGUUCAGUUGCUGGAGGUGGAAACACUGUUUCCAGUGGAUCUCCAGCUGGCGAUCGUGCCAAUACUGAUUCGAAUGCUGAUAACUCUUCAUUAGCUGAAGAAAAAGUUGAAUUGCUCUGUAACGAUCAAGUAUUAGAUCCUUCUAUGGAUUUAAGAACAGUGAAACAUUUCAUCUGGAAGAAUUCAGCAGAUCUGACACUUUAUUAUCGACCAGUUAAAUAGUUAGGAUCGCGAAUGACGAAUAAUGGUCCUUUGAAAUAUGCCUGGUUCUGUUCCAUGGCAAAGUAACAUUGAAAAAGUUUCCGCUCAAAAAUGACGUGAACAAUUGAACAAAAGUUCGAUUUACUACGCCUCAAAGUUGCCAAAAAAAUGCAAAAAUCAUAAUUAAUACUUUAAAACGAUGGAAAAUUGUAAAUGAUCUUAAAAUCAGUGAAACUGAUAAAAUUAGCAUGAAUAUGAUAUAUAUUUUUCAUGGGAUGUUUAACAAGGCGUGUAAAAUGAUCAAAAAAUUUAAUGAUGCAUUUAAUAUGUAUGUAAAAAAAAUCUUAUUAACGACUUUAAGUAAUACUUAAUAUAAAUGAUAUCUUAAUCAGCGUAUUCAUCGCCAAACAUAUACAUGAUGAAUGAGAAAUACUGCUGAAUUACUGUUCGUUACUUGGACAGCAUUUUUAUUUAAAUAAUAUAUGUGUAUAUGGAAUAUGAUCUUUCUAUUCAAUUUUUUGUCUUCCUGUGUGAAGAAGAUCAAUUUUAUGAGAGCACAAUAAUGGAAUGAUAGAAUCAGAAAAUUAAUUUGUAGAUAUCACAAUUAAUGAAUUUUUUCUUUUGUACAUUUAUUAAUUAUAUUACAAUUAAUUAUUAAUAUAAUAGCCUGUUAUAGUAACCAUUAUUUACUUAUACCUUCAAAAGUUUUUAUCAUUUGAGCGUGCCCUAGCGAUCUUUAGAUCAUUUCUCUCAUCACAUUUAGAGUUUAUUCUUUAGUAAUUAUAAAUUUUAUAAUUUUUGUAGAUGAGAAUACAUAAAUAGAAAUGAAAAAUGUACGUGUAAAUAUUUUACUCA